AGACCCUCCCGGCCACCGCUCCACCUCACUCCCAGCACAUUGCAAACUGCAGUCUUGGUGCAGCUUGGAUGUAACAGACGGCUGACUGGCUGGCCGGGAACCCUCAACCUACUCCUCAUUCCUACACACUACGACGACGAGACACGAGAGAGGCUGCUGCUGCUGCUGCAUAGUAACAACCUGACUUCCUGUGGCUGCUGCUCCUGACCUGCACUCAUAGCGGUGCAGUGACACCGUGUUAUCACCAGAUGGCGCUGCGCCCGUGUCACUGCCGCCCACAGCUCAGCAGAUGGCGCUGCCUCUCGGAUGAUCCCGGUCCCCUAUAGCUGGCCCUGUGUCCAUGUCCCCGGCUUUUAGUAGUGAUGGCGGCCUCCCUGGCUGCGAUGACUCCCGGGGCCCCGACCGAGGAUUCAUCGGAUAGUGAGCCGGAGCCCGAGCCACAGAAGCUGCGCAGGAAAGUGUCUACAUCGGGGCAAAUCAGGAGGAAGGCUAAUGACCGACUACAGGGAAGUUGUAAUAAAGAGACAGCUGGCAGGAUAGACAUUAUGCGGAUAGAAGAAAGCAAUAGAGAGGUCCGAAAGAGACAGCUGAAGGCCAUUGUGAAGGAAGGUCACCUGCAGAAGCAGACGAGCUCCUUUCAGCGAUGGAGGCGGCGCUACUUCAAGCUGCGAGGCCGGACGCUCUACUAUGCCAAGACUGCAAAGUCUAUAAUAUUCGAAGAGGUCGACAUAACUGAUGCCAGCGUUGCUGAGUCAAGCACCAAGAAUCUAAACAACAGCUUCACAGUAUUCACUCCCUUUCGCAAACUGAUCCUCAGUGCGGACAACAGAAAAGACAUGGAGGAAUGGAUGGCGGCUCUCAAGUCUGUGCAGAACCGAGAACUGUUUGAGUCUGCCCAGUACAGUAUGGACCAUUUCUCCGGAACGCAUAAUUGGUACGCAUGUUCCCACGCUCGACCCACUUACUGCAACGUAUGUCGUGAAGCCCUCUCUGGGGUGACUUCCCACGGACUUUCCUGUGAAGUGUGUAAGUUUAAAUCUCACAGACGGUGUGCAGUGCGGGCCACCAAUAACUGCAAAUGGACCACCUUGGCUUCUGUUGGGAAGGACAUUAUUGAAGAUGAAGAUGGGGUAUCAAUGCCGCACCAGUGGUUGGAAGGGAACCUACCUGUGAGCGCUAAGUGCACCGUAUGUGAGAAAACAUGUGGCAGUGUACUCCGCCUGCAGGACUGGCAGUGUCUGUGGUGCAGGGCAAUGGUACACUCCUCCUGUAGAGAACAUCUACCUGAAAAAUGCCCGCUUGGUCAGUGUAAAGUGUCUGUUAUCCCUCCGACAGCUCUCAACAGCAUUGAUUCAGACGGCUUCUGGAAGGCCACCUGCCCCGCCUCCUGCACUAGCCCCCUGCUUGUCUUUGUCAAUUCAAAAAGUGGAGACAACCAAGGAGUAAAGUUCCUGCGACGUUUCAAACAGCUACUUAACCCAGCUCAAGUGUUUGAUUUGAUGAAUGGAGGCCCUCAUUUAGGUUUACGCUUGUUUCAUAAGUUUGACACCUUCAGGAUAUUGGUGUGUGGGGGAGAUGGCAGCGUUGGCUGGGUUCUUUCCGAAAUAGACACACUUAAUCUUCACAAGCAGUGUCAGCUGGGAGUACUACCCUUAGGCACUGGUAAUGACCUGGCACGUGUGCUUGGCUGGGGUUCUGCAUGUGAUGACGACACUCAGCUCCCCCAGAUACUGGAGAAACUGGAGAGAGCGGGGACAAAAAUGCUGGAUAGGUGGAGUAUAAUGGUGUAUGAGACAAAGCUGUCUGCUCAGGCCACGGAUUCCACUAUGGGCACAGAGCCAAGCGAGGACUGUGAGGUUCAGCAAAUUCUGGUCUAUGAAGACUCUGUAGCUGCUCAUUUGUCACAGAUACUCAGCUCAGACCAGCACUCAGUGGUGAUCUCCUCAGCUAAGGUUCUGUGUGAGACUGUAAAAGAUUUUGUUGCACGCGUGGGAAAAGCCUACGAGAGAAUGACUGAGAGCUGCGAGGAAUCUGAAACAAUGGCAGGAAAGUGUACUCUUCUGAGAGAGAAGCUGGACUCUCUCUUGAAAACCUUAAAUGAGGAGUCUCAGGCUAUGUCAGUUCUUUCUCAGCCUCCACCUACAAUUAAUGAGGAGGCAGAGGAGUCCUCAGAAACAAUGAUGUGUCUGCCAGCUAUCUCUCCUUCCCCUGGACGACAGCAGACUUUCCGGCCCCGCGAGCAGCUCAUGCUAAGAGCCAACAGCCUUAAGAAAGCCAUUCGACAGAUCAUAGAACAGGCAGAGAAAGCUGUCGAUGAACAGAAUGCGCAGACGCCAAAUAAUGAAGACUUUCUCCUGUCCUUCCCUGUUGAGGAUGACCGAGAACAGAGCAUUCCGAACACAAGGGACUUGCAUAGUGGGAAUGCACUGCCCAGAUUAAGGGGCUCAAGCAGAGCUGCAAAGUCAGAACGAGUGACUAGCAAAAGCAGCCUGUCCGCAGGAGCCUCAGCAUCCCUCCCUGCUGCUAACACCCAACGGGACCACAUGUACCCAAACAUGAGAGCUGGAAUGUCUGGAUCUCUGCCUGAGAACUCCAUCAUCAGUCGCCUGCUAAUCAGCGCUGACCCCUUUAGCACUGAACCAGACAAUUUGGAUUGUUACACGGAAAAAUGUGUGAUGAACAAUUACUUUGGGAUUGGGCUGGAUGCAAAAAUCUCCUUGGAUUUUAACAAUAAAAGAGAUGAACACCCCAAGAAGUGUAGGAGUCGCACAAAGAAUAGGAUGUGGUAUGGCGUGCUGGGGACUAAAGAGCUGCUGCAGAGGACGUACAAGAACCUGGAGCAGAGAGUUCUUUUAGAGUGUGAUGGGGUGCCUAUUCCCCUGCCCAGCCUGCAAGGAAUUGCUGUACUGAACAUUCCCAGUUACGCUGGUGGCACCAACUUCUGGGGCGGCAGUAAGGAGGAUGAUACAUUUGCUGCACCUUCUUUUGAUGAUAAGAUACUGGAGGUUGUUGCUGUGUUUGGCAGCAUGCAGAUGGCUGUGUCCAGGGUUAUCAAACUGCAGCAUCACCGGAUUGCACAGUGCCGGACAGUGAAGAUCACGGUGCUUGGAGAUGAAGGAGUUCCCGUGCAAGUAGAUGGAGAGGCCUGGGUCCAACCCCCUGGUUAUAUCCGUAUAGUGCACAAGAACAGGACACAGACGCUCACCAGAGACAGGGCAUUUGAAAGUACAUUAAAAUCUUGGAAAGAUAAGCAGAAAUGUGAGCUUUCCCGACAGGUUUCCUCGACCCUCUCUCCAACUUCUCUGCACCCUGACGUGCUCUCGGACGAGGAGUCAGCGCAAGUGUCGCGGUUUGGCCAUGCUGCUGGCGCCCUUAUUCAUAGCAUUAAAGAAAUAGCCGUUUCCCACCAGUGCAUGGAGCAGGAGUUGGCUCAUGCUGUCAAUGCAAGCUCAAAGUCCAUGGAGAAGGUCUACAGCAAGAACUCUGAGGGUCUGUGCUGCAGUCAUGUUAUGGAAAUGGUGACAAAUGUCCGCGCAUUACUGAAUGAGACAGAGCUACUGCUCACAGGGAAGAUGGCUUUGCUGCUAGAUCCUCCUCAGAAAGAGCAGCUGAUGACAUUACUCAGUGACACAGAAGAUGAGUUGCGAAAACUUGCUGACAUCCCAUGGCUGUGUCAGAGCGCUGAGCCUGGGGAAGAAGAGGGUGCCCUAGAUUACUCCAAACUUAGACGCAGCAGUCGGUUUAGGUUGGUUAACAAGUUCAAGAAGGAGAAGAACGUUAAGAAUAAAGAGACCCGGAGCAGCACAGGGCCGCCUGCUCACCUUUGGGGGACGGAGGAGGUGUCUCUUUGGUUGGAACGUCUCAGUCUGUCUGAGUACAAGGAGGUCUUUACUCGUCAUGACAUCCGAGGUUGUGAGCUCCUUCAUCUGGAGCGCCGAGACCUCAAGGAGUUGGGUGUGACAAAAGUGGGCCACAUGAAGAGAAUCCUCCACAGCAUUCGAGAGCUGAGCCCCCCUCCUGUCAGUGCGGACUAGGGUCUGUCUUCACUGCAUGCGUGGCCCAGUCCGCGUGAACGAUUGAAGCACAGAUCCGCCCUACGUGUGACUGCAUUAUAUAGCGCCUUUUAAUGGUUCUGAACAUCAUGGCAGCCUAAUCCCUUGCAGCCAAUCAUUAAUGAGCCCUGGGAUUUUCUGCAGCCAGUCACAGUAGAGGUGUGUCCAGGGUUUGGCUACAGCAAGGGCUUUAGCUAGUUUUACUGGAUACUUUUGAAGCCAGAUGUUUGUUUUUUUCUAGAAACCACAAAAGCCAAUUGUGACUGAAGUAGACUUUCUCAUUAAUGUGCUACCUCGUGUGGCUUGGGACAAGCAAUGCAUUGCUACCAGGAUGUGAGCGCGUUACAAACCAUCAAUAAGCAGAUGCUCACUCUCUGUCCUUUGCUGAAAGACUUUGAGACCAUGGUGACUGAGCUGGGCCUAUAACGGUUUCCUCACACAUGUAAUGGACGUUAGAUGACCGUGGAGUUUCUGUACGUUGUGUUGAUAUGGAUGCGCUUUUCUCAGGCUCUGUGUGUAAAUUGUUUGGUGUGUAGGUUGUGUAGAUAUAUUCUAAUCGAUGGUCGAUUUAGUCUUUUUGUAAAAAUCCAGCUGUGAGGUGAGACCAUUGCAACAUCCCACUCCGGUCUAUGAUCAAAAGAUUGUUUACAUUUCUAGGUACAUUUCUAAAGCAGGAAAUCAUCUUCCCUAUAAUAUGCGUCUGGCAAACCAGAGCGUCCGAAGCCGCUCUCUGUGGGAGAUACAAUGAAGGGCUUGUUUCCUGAAGCUGCAUUUGGAUAGUGGUUUGAGGUGUCCGCAUCCAAUUCCUCUGUCUAUCCUGGGCAGGUCCCUUCCCUGCUUCUGUUUAUUAAUGGGGGACGGAUGAAAACUUUGGAACCCUUGGAUAAAGCCCGACUACCCCGCCUGUGUGUAUUUAUUCUCCCAUGCCUUACUGCAGUCCCCUCCCCCAUUUCCAAAGUGUUGUUAAUGCUUGUAAAUAGCAAUAUUGUAAAAUUGGUUUCUGUUCUAACAGUAAAUGAUGUUUUAAUGAUGA